UAUAUCAUCACCGUUCAGUUAAUACGGUAUAAUUUUGUCCUAUGGUUGAAAUAGAUUUGAGAUGAAAAUUUCUAAAGUUUGAUCGAAAAUUUCGAAAUAUUAGCAUAGAUGAGAAGUCGUCCCUCCCAAACUUUGCAAGUGCAGUUUUAAUAAAGUAAAAAGGAAAAAAAAAAGAUAAAAGUGGAGUACCCUUCAUUCCCUUGCGGCGUAAAAGAAAGAGAAAAAUCUCCCGGGGCGUCUCGUCGUCUCCUCCGCUCCUCGCGCAGGACGAGUCGCGGCUGCCGAUCUCCAUCUGCGCCAGGGGAAUCCUGGUGAGCAUCCACAUCCUCUUUCUGAUUCAUGUUUCUGGUGUAAUGGCAAAAGAGCAGAGUGGAUCCCCUAAGCCCAGGCAGCCAGUGUUCCAAAGGAUGCGAGUAACGUUAACCAUAGGUGUUAUUGGCCUCUGUGUUGCAUCAUACAUUCUUGGUGCUUGGCAAGGCACUUCAACUACUAGUAUACACCCAUCCAUAAUCUACACUAAAAGCCAAUGUGGUGAAUCCAUUUUGCGCACCUCCAGCAAUUCGUCUGGACGGUCAUCAUCAGACGCUCGUCUUGAUUUCCAAGCCCACCAUCAGGUGAGCUUCAAUGAAUCUUCACUUGUCGCCGAAAAAUUCCCACCUUGUCAGCUGAAAUACAGCGAGUAUACCCCUUGCCAAGAUCCAAGGAGAGCCAGGAAAUUCCCAAAGACAAUGAUGCAGUACAGGGAGAGACACUGCCCUCGGAAAGAAGAGCUUUUCCGGUGCUUGAUUCCUGCACCACCAAAGUAUAAGAAUCCCUUCAAGUGGCCACAAUGUCGGGAUUUUGCUUGGUACGAUAACAUUCCUCAUCGGGAGCUUAGUAUCGAGAAAGCUGUCCAGAACUGGAUUCAAGUUGAGGGGAAACGGUUUAGAUUCCCUGGAGGCGGCACAAUGUUCCCACAUGGUGCUGAUGCCUAUAUCGAUGACAUCAACGCUCUCAUAUCAUUAACGGACGGCAACAUCAGAACUGCGCUUGAUACUGGAUGUGGGGUGGCAAGUUGGGGCGCUUAUCUUAUUAAGAGGAACAUCAUCACUAUGUCAUUUGCACCUAGAGAUUCACAUGAGGCACAAGUGCAGUUUGCAUUGGAGCGGGGAGUGCCGGCCAUGAUUGGAGUGAUAUCCACGGAAAGAAUCCCAUACCCUGCUAGAUCAUUUGACAUGGCACACUGCUCUAGAUGUUUGAUCCCAUGGAAUAAGUUUGAUGGUAUCUAUCUAAUUGAAGUAGACAGAGUAAUUAGACCAGGAGGCUACUGGAUCCUCUCUGGGCCUCCAAUCCAUUGGAAGAAGUACUUCAAGGGCUGGGAAAGAACAGAAGAAGACCUGAAGCAAGAGCAAGAUGAGAUUGAGGAUUUGGCAAAGCGUCUCUGCUGGAAGAAGGUGGUAGAGAAAGAUGAUCUUGCUAUAUGGCAGAAACCUAUCAACCACAUAGAGUGUGUUAAUAGUCGGAAGAUCUAUGAAACCCCUCAGAUUUGCAAGAGCAAUGAUGUUGACUCUGCUUGGUACAAGAAGAUGGAGACAUGCAUAUCACCUCUUCCGGAUGUGAAUAGUGAAGACGAGGUUGCUGGUGGAGCUCUUGAGAAAUGGCCAAAAAGAGCAUUUGCUGUGCCUCCAAGAAUAAGUCGUGGAUCAGUUUCAGGCCUCACCACGGAGAAAUUCCAAGAAGAUAAUAAGGUGUGGGCAGAGAGAGCGGAUUACUACAAGAAAUUGAUUCCUCCACUAACCAAGGGGCGAUAUAGGAACGUGAUGGAUAUGAAUGCAGGGAUGGGGGGAUUCGCAGCUGCAUUGAUGAAGUAUCCACUUUGGGUGAUGAACGUGGUACCUUCAGGCUCUGCUCAUGACACCCUUGGUAUUAUCUAUGAGAGGGGAUUCAUUGGAACCUACCAAGACUGGUGUGAGGCUUUCUCAACGUAUCCGAGGACAUAUGACUUCAUCCAUGCUGAUAAAAUAUUCAGCUUUUAUCAGGACAGGUGUGACGUAACAUACAUUCUCCUGGAGAUGGACCGGAUUCUAAGGCCUGAAGGGACAGUGAUUUUCAGGGACACGGUGGAGGUGUUAGUGAAGAUACAAUCAAUUACAGAAGGCAUGCGGUGGAAGAGCCAAAUAAUGGAUCACGAAUCUGGUCCAUUCAACCCUGAGAAGAUACUUGUGGCUGUCAAGACUUACUGGACUGGACAACCCACUCAAAAGCAGUAGUGGCUUUUCUUUUCAGCAGCAGAUGUUCCCUUUUGGUUUUUCCAAUUUUCGUUUAGCUCCAGGUUCAGGUUGUGUGUAAAUAUGAGGCGAUGUGAUUGGGAUAGUAUCACCACGAUCUUGUGGCCUUGGUUCAUUGGCUGCAUUGCAUUCUUGUGAGUUGUGAUGCUUACAUUUCUAUAAUAGGCAGAUAAAAUGUUCUUUUUCUUCAGUAAAAAGAACAGGGCAAGCCUGACCUUGUUAUUUUC